AAGCUGCCAAUUUAUCGUCGACAUUAAUUACCUCCAGCCGUGACUGAGCAGAGGUUUUCCACGCAGACUAAAAGGGAAAGGCAGAAGGUCAGUCUGCUGCGAUGAAAACAAAGUGGCAUCUCUAUAUUAUGUGGAGUGUUUUAUCACUUGGCCUCCUCAACAGCGCGGUGCGCACGUAUGAAUCCCAAUUUACUAGAAGGAAAAAGGUUUUCAAACUGGGUACGCCAAAAACCAAACCAAUCAAGCUGUCAUCAACAGGCGACAGACAGUCCACCAAGGGCUUACCUGGCAGCACGUCCUCAUUGUCUCAGCUCAGUUCCCGGAGGCCCUACCCUCCUUCUGUACGCGGAACGCCUCGAUCCGGGCGUCCACAGGAGCCUCGGACGAUGAUCCAGUCGGACUUUGCUUACGUCCCAGACGUUUCUGUAACCUGCUCCACGUCUGACUUUGUCGUGCGGGUCAAACCAGCUUUCUACGGUCUGGGCGCAGAUGCAGAGGAGCUAAAAUUAGGCAACACCUGCAAAAGCAACGGGGUGCUGAGACCGUACGAUGACCUGCUCUUCACGUAUCCCCUGACCGCGUGUGAUGCCGUGCGUCAGUCGCCCCGUGGGUAUCUGGUCUACAAAUUCGUGCUCCACUAUGUACCUUCGCCGAAACGUUUCCCAAGCAGAGCGCACCGAAUCGAUGUUAACAUUGAAUGCCGUUAUCCAAGGAACCAUUAUGUGUACCAGCUGACUGUGCAGCCCACAUGGAAAACUGCGGUUGUGCGUAAAAGGCUGAAAGGAAGCCCAAAUGACUUCCAGAUCGAGUUGAUGGACGAAUCGUGGAGCAGACCAGCCAGGUCUCAGGUCUACCAGCUUGGAAAGACGGUUAAUUUCCAGGUCUCUGCUCCGCAUCUCCCAGUUGGUGGAAAACUGUACAUCAACAGCUGCUACGCAACACCAUCUAGUGGCUCUAAAUCAUCCCUUAAAUACAUCAUCAUUGACAACUUUGGUUGUAUGCUGGACAGUAAGAGGGACCCUGGGGCCUCUCAGUUCAUCUCUCGGACGGACAGGACCGUGAGGUUUUCCUUAAAGGCUUUCCAGUUCAUUUCUGACCCUGACACAGAGGUCAAUGUUCACUGCAAAUUAUUUGUCACAUCUGAGGAUCUAGGUCCUGCACACAAGUCAUGCACCUUCAAAGGGAACAGGUGGAAGGCCCUUACUGGUGACGAUUCAAUAUGUGCAUGCUGUGAUUCACGGUGUGUGUCUUCCAAACCACGGAGAGCCAUGAUGGAAGGCUCUGCCAGCAGUGGGUCAUUGCUGGUCUCUGAUCAGCCAUACACAGCUGAAGUUGGCUUUCUACCCAUAAGUCCCUCCUCAGUGAGCAUGAGCAGAGAAGACAAGGCCUCAAUCAGUCAAUACACUGAUGUACUGCAAAGUCAUGAGAACCUUUGGGGAAGUGUGGAUAUAAUAAAGCAUGAUGAUGAUGACAAUGAUGCUGAGGACGAGGAGGAGCUUGAAGAAGAUGAAAAAGAAAGUGGGGUUAAUCUCAUAGUGAUGACAGAACCUGAUUUAGGGGAGUUAGGUUUCAAGGAGAGGGACUUAAUGGAGGAAAAGAACGAGUCUGAAGUGAGGGAGUCAAAUCAGUUUGAAGAGGAUGGGUCAGGGUAUUUCGUAGAAGAGGAUUUUUCAGAGAGUGAAGAGGGUUUAGAAGGAAGAGAGGAUGAGAUCUCUGAUGUACAGCAGGUGAUCCAUUUGGAUCAGAAGGAAGGUGAGAUGUUACCAUCAGCAGCCAGUCUACAGAGAGCGUUACAGCCACUGGUUCCUGAAGGAGAGGAAAACUGGAAGCAUACAGGCAGAGGUGAAGAGGAUGAGAGGAUGAUAGCCUCUGAGGUGGAGUGGAAGGAUGAGGACAAAGAUUUAGUAAAUGACAGGGAGAUGACUUGGUAUUUCACAUGGAGGUAGUAUUAGUUUAAUCAAUCAAUCAAUCGGUACCCUACUUUAAAAAUUGUAUCUCCCCAUAACAGGUUGGAUAUACUGACCCAUUUCAAUAAAAACAUGAAAAUGCAA